CGUAUCGCGGUUCAGUUCGUGGCCGCGGCUCAGCCAGUGUGGUUCGGCAUUUCGGCAGUGCUUUCUUCCCUUCGAUUCCCGCACUAUCUGUUUCCGUCUCUGUUGCUCUGUGCGUUGUGAGGGGCGCCCCACCGUGUCCGCCUCACCGUGUCCCCGGUCUUCCGUUCGCAGACGUGGCGUAUUGGUGAGGGAACUGGUCGUUCGCUUUAGUGGUAGUGUCGUGAGGACAAGUUUAGUGUGUUCAGGUUCCCGGAAACCAUACUAGCCGGAUCCUCGUGUUUCCGGAACUGUAAGCUGACAACAUUGUUGCCAUUUGGUGAUCGCCGAAUACUCCAGCGUAAGUGAUCGCAUUGCCGCAUCGGCAAUGGCGGCCGCACGGUGCAGGGUAGCGGCACUACUGCUGCUACUUCUAGCCGCCAUCGGAACGGAUGCAGCCAGGCAACAGCCGUCCAUCGUUGAAAGCGAGAAUGUGCGCGACAGCGAUUUGGUGUUCGAAGAUGAAAAACCAUCGGACUCAUCAAACUUUGACAGGUUAAUGGAUAUUGAGAACCAAGAAAAUCUCCGGUUAUUUGCCGCCCAUUCGAAGCCUACGUUUGAACAUUCCGACGAGUCGGUGGACAUUGGCGAACCGCUCGGUAGCGAUGAACUAUCCUACAUGGCGGACGACGCCGAAAAGUCCGAUGAGGACGAAGAUGAGGCCGACAAUGAGGUUGCUCUUCCGGACGAGGAGCCACAAAAGGACGACCAGAGCCAGAAUUGGUUGGUGCGCAACGUGAAACGUAUCAAACGUAGUCUCGACAAUUUGUGGAGCGGCUCAAAGCCAAGCGAUACAAAGCUGGAAGGAGAACACAACGGAACGAAGCAUGGUAAGCACAAGAAGAAAGCUUCCGAGCUGGAAAAGCCAGGAAAAUUGAAGAACAAGAAGAAGCAGUUGACGAAGGAGGAACGCCAGAAAAGACGCGAACAGAAGGAAGCUAGCAGAGCUAGCAUCGAUACGAUGUCGCAAACGUCAACUACCCGUCGGUCCAGUACUGGGGUGCAUCACAAGGUCCCGGUAGCUCACAAUUCGAUUUCGACGAGUGAUGGAAAGUCGAGCAAGUUUGUUGGUGUUCGUCCGAAACGACAGUUCGACACUACGUUCCUCGACACCGAAGGCAGUGGUUUCGACGGAUCCGGAGAAUCAGCUCCGGGCGAGGAAACUUGGACGUUCUACAAAAUGACGAUCACGCUGGACGAGUCGUUUCAGAGCAGCAUGCGCGAUCCGCGCCAAAACUCCGAAAAGUUGUCGCACAUCAACACGCUUGUUAAGAAUCUGAUCGAUGAAGCACUACGAACGGACUUUGGAGUAACAGCGAAACGAUUUGACCCGUAUCCCUCGAACCACCAGCUAACUCUCGUAACGCUCGAGCUGCAUGCACCGAAGGACUUCAACCUGGAUGAGAUGGAGGACAGAAUUCGUUCGCAGCUGCAAAGUGGCCACUACGAGUUGCGUGCCGAUGGCCUCUCGCUGGUGCUUGCCGAUGAUGCCGACACUGAGCUAGACGGUAAGGAUGAAGUCAUUCUCGAUCCUUUCCCGGACCGAUCGUCACACAUCUCGGGCCGCGACGAUGAGGGUGACGAGGAGGAGGACGAUGAGGAGGAUGAGGAUUACGCUACCGAUCGAUCAAUUGAUGGAGAGGAGCGGCUGGAUGAGAAUGAGCUAGACUCGACCACGGUGCGAAACCGUGUCAGUGCCGAUAACGAGUACCCGGAGGAAACGACGGAUUUGUGUCGCGGCGACGAUAAAGUACGGUGCGGCAAGACGUCCGUGUACAUUUGUGCCGUCCAGUGGUGCGACGGCAGCCCGGACUGUCCGAACGGCGAAGAUGAGAAUGCAGUCGAGUGUCAGAAGUGCGAGAAGGAUGAAUUUACUUGCGAUGGAACAAGAUGCGUUUCGCUGUCGAAGAAGUGUGACGGCCAUCGGGACUGUAGCGAUGGGCACGAUGAAGCGGAUUGUCCUUUGUCGGAGUGUGGACCCAAUGAGUUCGAAUGUGAGGACGGAACGUGUAUCGACCAGGACCAGCAAUGUGACGGUGUGCCCCAUUGUAGACGAGGCGAAGACGAACAGGACUGUGAAACUACGGAAUGUGACGAGUCGCGCGAAUUCCUCUGUCGAGCGGAUAAUACAUGCAUCCAAAAGGAUACUGUUUGCGAUGGUCGAAACGAUUGUUCCGAUGGCGAGGAUGAAAUCUGUGAAGGGUGUUCGCCUCACGAGUUUCAGUGUCGGUGGGAUAGAAGAUGCAUACCGAUUGAGAAGAAAUGCGAUAAGGUGUUUGAUUGCCGUGAUAGAACCGAUGAGCAAGUUUGUGAAUGUACCGAGCACGAGUUCCGGUGUGAUAACGGAUACUGCAUUCCGAAGUCGCAGCGUUGCGAUCGCGUGCAUCACUGCAAUGACAUGUCGGAUGAACGGGGAUGUAUAAUCAGUCGAUGCAGUGAGCAUGAGUUCUUUUGCAAUAAUGGCCGCUGCAUACCAAAGGAUUACACCUGCAACGAUAUCGACGAUUGUGGCGACAAUUCCGAUGAGACCGAUGCAAACUGUGAAGAUUUGACCUGUUUGCCGUCAGAGUUCACUUGCUACGAUGGUGGCUGUGUGCCGAGAUCGGUUUUGUGCGAUGGGCGCAAGGACUGUGGGGACGGUACCGACGAAAUUGACUGUGAGCAUACCCCAUCGAUCAAAUCACUGAGUCGCUGUGGCCAAGGCCAGUAUGAAUGUAACGACGGCAUAUGUAUUGCGGAUUACAAACACUGCAACGGUAUCGUUGAUUGCCACGAUGAGUCCGACGAAACUGGCUGCAACCCUGAUGCGUGUAGCUCCGACGAGUUCUCGUGCGAUGGCCAGUGUUUCGAGAUGAGGGCUGCCUGCAACGGUAUUCCCGAUUGUAUGGAUGGCAGUGAUGAGCAGGAGUGUAUCAUGUGCUACGGUGAUGCGUUCCAUUGCAAGAACAAGCAAUGCAUCCUUUCGGAACACUAUUGUGACGGGGAGCCUCAUUGUAGCGACGGUAGUGACGAGCUUAACUGUAACAACACUACCAACUGCAAUCGGUACGAGUGGCAGUGUAGAAACGGCUUUUGCAUAAACAAGGAUUUCCGCUGCGAUGAGGCAUACGAUUGCACUGAUCGCUCCGAUGAAGAGGGCUGCGAUUAUCCAGAACGUCCCGUCGAAAUUUGCCGCGACGAUGAGUUCUACUGUGAUGGAAGAUGCAUCGAAGACUUCCGUAGGUGCGAUGGUACUGAGGAUUGUAUCGACGGCGCGGACGAACAAGAAUGUGACAUUCCCCCAGAGCGAUGCGAUGAGCUCCAGUGUCCGGAUGGUAGUUGCUUCAAACACUCGCAGCGAUGUGACGGAGUGCGCGACUGUCUCGAUUCUUACGACGAGCAGAAUUGUCCUUGCCGAUCGAAUGAAUUCACCUGCGGCGAUGGUCACUGCAUUCCCAGCUCUCAAGUGUGCAACAAGCGCGCUGAGUGUGCCGAUGGAUCAGACGAGCGUAACUGCUCCUGUGCACGAGACGAGUUCCGAUGUGGUACCGGCCAAUGUAUCGAUAACAGUCGCCGUUGUGAUCAGCGUAUCGAUUGUUCCGAUGGAUCUGACGAAAGAGAUUGCAAGCCGGUUGGAUGUAGAUCCAACGAAUGGAAAUGUAACGAUGGUCAGUGCAUCCGACUAGACCAGCGUUGCAACCGUCGAUACGAUUGUGUAGAUCGUAGUGAUGAGUCAAGUUGCUAUAGCUGCGGUCCGAACAAAUUCCGAUGCGAGAACGGUCCUUGCAUUGCACAGGCGUUGAAAUGUAACGGCAGGGUAGACUGUCCGUAUGACACUAGCGAUGAGCUAGAUUGUACCGAUGAAUUCCAGUACGUUCCUCCGCCGCCAUUUGAUCAACCCAGACUGAAUCUUAAGACCUACCCCGAUGAACAGACCAUCAAGGAAAAGGAAAUUGUGGAGGGUAAUGAGGUCGUGUUCCAAUGUCGCGAUGAAGGCCCAAUGCACGCCAAGGUUAGGUGGGUACGUGGAAAUGGACAACCUUUACCACCCGGCACACGAGACAUGAACGGUCGUCUGGAAAUACCAAACAUUCGGAUCGAUCACAACGGUGAAUACGUUUGUGAGGCUGUCGGUUAUCCGAAAUCGACCCCUGGAAGCAGCAAAACGGUUCAUCUUACGGUUGAACGAUACAACUACCAACGACCACCGACAGCGUGUGCAGUGAAUGAAGCUACCUGCAUGAACGGAGACUGUAUUCUAAAGACACAGAUUUGCGAUGGUAAUCGUGACUGUACUGAUGGUUCCGACGAGACCGGUUGCAGCCCGUAUCAGCAGUGCGAACCGAACCAGUUCAAAUGCCGCAACAGCAAGUGCGUGCUCAAGACAUGGCUCUGUGACGGUGAACAGGACUGCGGCGAUGGUUCGGAUGAGGAAAAUUGUGCGACACUGCCCCCAGACGCACCGUGCCGUUACGACGAGUUCCAGUGCCGAUCGGGUCAAUGCAUUCCGAAGUCAUUCCAGUGCGAUACGCACCCAGACUGUCAGGACAAAUCGGACGAGGUUGGCUGCAUGGCUCCAUCGGUGAUUCAGCCACCGCCACCAUCGCUAACAAUCCCUGCCGGUGGCAUCUUGAACAUUACGUGCCGUGCUACCGGCGUUCCGGUGCCACUGAUCGUUUGGCGACUGAACUGGGGACACGUGCCGCAAAAGUGUAAAUCACGCAGCGACCAAGGAUUGGGACGCUUGACUUGCGAGGAUAUGCAACCCAUCGACUCCGGUGCGUACUCGUGCGAAAUCAUUAACACGAUGGGAACUCACUUCGUGUCACCCGACACGAUUGUCAUCGUAACCGGCAGUGGUCCCGUUUGCCAGCAGGGCACAUUCAACAGCAAGGCGCGCAAUCCGACGGACUGCAUCAACUGUUUCUGUUUCGGCGUGUCGACCACCUGCAACAGUGCCGAUUUGUACACCUACGCUCUGAAACCCCCAGUAUCGUCUCUGACGAUCGUCGGAGUUGAAGGACCAUGGACUGGUCAACGCGAUUUGAUUGUUGGCGAGUUUGAAAAUCACAACCUCACAGCACAACGCCACGGCGUACAACUGCGUCUAACCAAUCUUGUCCCAGGUCGUCGCGUGCCCUACUAUUCCCUUCCAGAAGAAUAUAAAGGCAAUCAGCUUAAGUCGUACGGCGGUUCCAUUCGGUAUGACGUUGAGUAUGAUGGUACCGGCCGUCCUGUGAAUGCUCCAGACGUUAUUCUUAAGGGCAAUGGUAUGACCUUGUUGUACUGGCACGGAGCCUCGAUCUACCCGGACAUUAAAAACCACAUAUCGGUCAGCCUGCUCCCCAACAACUGGGUGCGCACGGAUCGUACACAAGCGACCCGAGAAGAUAUCAUGAUGGUGCUAGCCAGCAUCGAAAGUAUUCUGAUACGCAUGCAGUAUGUAGAAGGCAUUGAGCGUAACAUUGAGCUGGUCAAUGUGAUGAUGGAUUCGGCGGCACAUGACGAUCGCGGACUUGGAUCUGCUUCACUGGUUGAAGAGUGUCGUUGUCCACCAGGCUACCGGGGUCUAUCCUGCGAAAGCUGCGAGCACGGUUAUGUGCGACAAAGCAGUGGACCGUGGUUAGGACGCUGUGUGCCACGAGCGGAAGAGUGUCGUCCCGGGUACUAUGGUGAUCCAAACCGAGGCAUUCCCUGUACGCCAUGCCCUUGCCCGGUUGCUGGUGAAAAGUCCAGGGCCCGUUCCUGCUAUCUGGACAGCAGAGGAAAUGUGGUGUGCCAGUGUGACCGUGGAUAUACCGGAGAACGAUGCAUGGAAUGUGAAGCGGGUUACGUCGGUAAUGCGCUCGGGGACGGAUGUUUCCCUCGGCCCCCAACUAACUGCAACUCUCAGGGAACGGAGCGUGUCGGCUCUGAUGGUCGGUGUUACUGCAAGCCGGGCAUUGAAGGAGCAUACUGCGAUCGUUGUGCCAACCAACAUUUCUACAUGCAUGAUAAGGGUUGUGUCGAAUGUUUCUGCAUGGGUGUUGUGAACCAGUGCAGCAGUACUACCUGGACCCGCGACAGCAUCCAAGCUUCGUUUGCAGACGGUCGUUCAGGGUUCUCGCUAAUUUCGGACUACAUCAAUCCUUCGGUCGUUGCACAAGCACUGCCAGCGUUUAACCGAGAGAUCGUGUACCGUAACUUUGGUCCUAGUGAAAGUACCUUCUACUGGAGGCUUCCGACCCAGUUCUUAGGCAACAAGCUUACCUCGUUUGGUGGAUAUCUAAACUACACCUUGCGCUACACUCCCCACUCGUCGGGCGGUAUUUCGCGCAACAAUUCCCCAGACGUCGUACUGCACAGUGGCAACAAAAUUAAACUGCAUCACUAUCGAACCAACAACGCCAUCUCACCUUACGGUUCCAGCACGCAUUCGGUUGCGAUCGUAGAGGAUGAAUGGCAAAACUAUGAAGAUGGCAACACCGUCAACCGCGAGUAUCUGCUGAUGGCACUAGCGAACGUUAGUGAUAUCUUCAUCAAGGCAACGUACAAUACGAUUUCGAACGAGGCAGCUCUUUCCCACGUGAGCUUAGACAUUGCCAGGGACACACCGUACGGAACGGGAGUUCGUGCCUGGCCAGUCGAGCAGUGCCAAUGUCCCACCGGUCACAUUGGUUUGUCGUGUGAGGAUUGCGCACCCGGCUAUUACAAGGGCGAUCAGGGCAUCUAUCUCGGACUGUGUGAGCCCUGCUCUUGCAAUGGACAUUCGGAAGAGUGCGACGCUCAGACUGGUGUUUGCAUGAACUGCCGUGAUAACACGUACGGUAACAAUUGCGAACUGUGUAGGCCACCUUACGCGGGCAAUGCAACCGUCGGUACACCGUACGAUUGUACGCUCAGCCGACCUGAUCAAACCUUCGAUUGUCGGGAGUGUGAUGUGCGAGGUUUCACUGGCAGCUGUCAACGGGGCUGCGAGUGUAAGCAGCUUGUCGAGGGACGCCGCUGUGAUCAAUGCCGCGAAGGUUCGUUUGGUCUGAGCGCGCGCCACGAAACCGGAUGUUUGGAGUGUUUCUGUUCGGGAGUGACAAAAUCGUGCGGCAGCUCGAACUUGUACCGCGAGGAGCUGCCAGUGAUUGUGGAUGCGUUUGACAACACGAUCCGAUUGGCCGAUCGUGAAGGCACGGUCCUGGUAGAAGAUAACUUCAACAUCAACCCGAGCAUCAACGAGAUCAGUUACACGUUCCGUGAUCGUGAAACAUACUACUGGAGUUUACCGCACAUAGUGCUCGGCAAUCAGGUGCUUUCGUACGGUGCUAAUCUCACCCUCACGCAACACGUCGACGGAGGUCGUCCACUGCCAGACCAGGACAUUAUUCUGAUCGGUACGAGCGGUAUGAAACUGGCAUGGUCUCGCGAUUACUAUGACGAUGGUACGUUCACUGUACCGCUGCUCGAACGUGGAUGGACGGUGACGAACCGCCGAACAUCGUAUCCGGCGUCGCGAAGCGAUAUGCUGACCGUGUUAUCCGAUCUGAAAAACAUCUUGAUUCGUGCAACCACCAAGGAAUCUACUCGAGUAUCCAAGUUGAGCGAUAUUGCACUUGGAACGGCUAUUCCUACAAGAACGUCCGAGCCCGCCGAAGAAGUGGAAAUGUGCCGCUGUCCGAAGGGCUAUCGUGGAACCAGUUGUGAGCAAUGCGAGGACCUGCACUACCGAGAUAUUUACGAUCGUUCGGCCGGUCUUCUGGGUGCUUGCAAGCCAUGCCCAUGCAGCCAUGACACUGCCGAAUCCUGCCAGAUGAACAAUCGGGGUGUCGUAGUGUGCAGCUGCCGGGAAGGAUUCAGUGGCGACUAUUGCGAUAACCAGAAACCGGCUAACAGUAGAGCUCCAACAAGAGUCGAAUGCACAAAAAAUGCCUUCGUACACACGCUUAACAACGGUCGCUACAAUUAUUUCCACAAGUGUGAUGUUGACGGCGUGGAGGUUGGCGUAGUGUACAAAAGCAAGCGAUCGAAUGAAGAAAUCGACACCCGUCCGACUGUACCACCCCGAAAUCCUGUAAUCGAAAUAAGCGUCAGCGUACCUUCCAUCAAGAUCGUCGAAGUUGGUGAUGAUUUCCGUGCCAACUGUAAGGCAUACCACGUCAUUACGAAGAAUCCGAUCGAUGUACAAUGGACCAGGAUGAAUGGACGCUUGCCGGAAAGAGCAUACAUAGACCGUGGAACGCUAGUGAUCACAAACAUUCAAAUUACCGACGGUGGUUCGUACGUUUGUAAGGCGGGCAGUGGAACCGAGGUGGUGUACUCGCAAAUCACGAUCAACGUCAGCAAGCUAGAACCUGUCAGACCGACGAUCGAAGUGUCUCCGCCGUUCAUCGAUCAGGACGAAUACUCCUCGGCAGAGGUACGCUGUUCGGCCACCGGUUAUCCCACUCCCACCAUCACAUGGGAACGUGCCGAUCAACCGCUACCUUACAACAUCGUAAACGAAGGUGGCCUGCUCCGUUUCAACUCGCUGCGACUGCACGACGCUGGCACAUACCGUUGCCGUGCCAGUAACAAUGUUGGUGAUGUUGACGAAAUACUGACGGUGUAUGUACGUCCCACCGUUGGACCGACGAUUCCUCCACCGGAUUCGCAGGAAGUCGAACGCAUUGAAAUUACGCCCAACAGCUUCGACGGACAGCCGGGUGAGAAGAUCCGACUCGUCUGCCGUUGCUCACCGACCGCACAUGUCGUCUGGACCAAGCUGGGCGAACCUCAGCUGCCCUACAAUGUGGACGUAAAUAACGAGAUACUCAUCAUCGAGCAUGCGUCGCAAGAGAAUUCGGGUCGGUACAGCUGUACCGCGUACUUCCCGAACGGACGCGUCAAGACUUCUACCGUCGAUGUCUUGAUCACCGAUAACAACGUGCGUCCUGAAUCGAACAAAGUUGCUCCGCGGGUGAAUCCUUUGAACAAAAAUUACGUCGUUCUGCAAGGAGCCGACUUUUCGCUUUCCUGCGAAGCGACCGGUACUCCUUUCCCUACCAUCAAGUGGACACUGAGCGGCAAAACGUUCGAAAGCAACGUUCAGCAGAGUGGCAACGUGCUCCGUAUCUUCAACGCUCAACCGAGCAACGGUGGCGUCUACAUCUGCGUGGCCAACAAUGAGGAGGGCAUGGAUCGAUCCUACACUGUCGUAGAAAUUGAUCGUCGAGAAAGACCUACGCUAGAAAUCUAUCCGAGCGAACCGCAAACGAUUAAGGUUGGAGAAUCGGUGCGUCUUAGCUGUCGUGCUUCUGCUGGUGUACCGUACCCAACGAUCACUUGGGUCCGUAAGGAUCGUAUGCCGCUAUCCUCUCGCUUCACCAACGAUGCAGAAGGAGUUAUAACUCUGCGGGAAGCCACUCUGGAGGAUGCGGGUGAAUAUGAAUGCCGUGCAGAGAACGUAGCCGGUACGGCCGUGAUUGCAACAACGAUCGAAGUAUUGCAGCCUCCAAUUAUUAGACUAGAGCCGAACGAGUACCACAAGAUAACGGAGAACGACGACUUUACCAUUCACUGUUCUGCGACGGGAAAGCCGGCACCAAUGGUUAUGCUAACGCCACCACGCGGUGCUAUGCGAUCGCACUUUGGCCAACAAACGGAAGGUUUGCGUGAGGUAACGCUCCAUCUACACCGAGCCGAACUGAACGACGCUGGAACGUACGAGUGUACCGCCAAGAAUGCGGCCGGCGAGGACUCUCAGUACUUGACGUUGCAGGUUGACAUGAAGCGUGGUGAUGUUGGUAGCUACGAUGAUUACGAACGUCCUACUGCAACACAAUCUCCCCGCCCAAACCCUCGUCCAAACCCACAGCCUCCAUUCGUCCACACGUAUAAGGCUGUUUACGGAGAGGAAUCCACACUGCUGUGUCAGGAAGAAUUGAAAAGUGCACGAACGGAAUGGCGCCGCAGUGACGGACGUCCACUGCCGUACGGUUCCACUGUUAGGGGAGGCAAUCUAACUAUCGAAAAUACGGGCUACGAUGCGGAAGGUAUGUACGACUGCAUAGCGUACCCGCUGCCCAACCAGCUACCAGUGACGGUGGUACGCAUCAUGGUCGAAGUCGUUGCGAUGCCAAAGAUUACCUUCAGCCCAUCGAUGCCGAUGACGGUGCGACCGGGCGACAUGGUUGAUAUCUACUGCAACAUAACGGGUGUGGAAGGUCCGGUCAAUAUUCGCUGGCACGGCGAGGAUGAACGUCCACUACCGCCGACGGUGGAUGUGCACGGAAACUAUCUGCGAUUCUCGAGCAUCGCGCCUGAGGAUGCCGGUCGGUACCUGUGCAACGUAACGCAUCGACAUGGAACCAUUACGAAGGCUGCGGAAGUGAUCGUUAACAAAACAGCGCUCGUCCACGAUCCUUCGCAUUCAGGCAACCGCAACAUCAACGUGGCGCAAGGUUCCUCGAUACAGCUGGAAUGUAAGCUACCACCUGGUGCACCGUACGUAAACGUUCGGUACAACUGGCACCGUCGGGGACAAAGUCUGCCACCAAGCACGUACAUUUCAAGGAACGGCAAGGUGAUGCACCUCAGAAACUUGGCCAGGAAUGAUGCCGGCACGUACGAGUGCAGUAUGACCUACCCGGACGGCACCGUUGUAAAUGAUUCCAUAGUGCUCACUAUCGGUGGCCGUCCAACCGAUGUGCAGAGACCUACGUUAGAACCUUGUCCCGCCGUGCCCAAAUACUGUCUAGAGCUCGUUAUCUGCUGCAUCAGGGUUGACAGGCCGCGAAUGCAACGCGGCCGAAAGCGCAACGCCCGAUGGAGACACCGAGUCGCCGGUGUCAACAGGCCCACCGUUAAGGAUGCUGCGUUGGCGGUUAUAGACGCGGGGGCCGAGCGUCCGAACCGCCUGCCAACGUACCAGUUCGCUCCAGAGUCACUGCCCUAUCUACAGCUCGAACCUGCGUAUUCAACGGUGCGGCCCGGUGAAUCACUCGUAGUCGACUGUAGCUCAUCUGACGGUACGGGCGUACCGAUCCGGUGGGAGAAAUCAGACGGAUCGUCCCUACCGUACAACAUUCGCCAAGAAGGAAACCGUCUGUACAUUCAAAAUGCCCGCGAAGAUGAUUCCGGUUUGUACACCUGCAUCUGCUACACCGAUGACGGGUUGCGAUACAUUACUGACUUCCAGCUGGAUGUGGAAGAAAACACAAUCCCGGAUGCACCGCCCCGUAGUACAUCGCGCCUGGAAUUUGUCGAACGUGGAAGUACGGUGAGGUUGCAGUGCAACACCGAGCUCCACCCAACAUCCUACCAGUGGUCUCGUGUUGACGGAGAUCUGCCAUCCGAUCGAGACACGCGCGGAUCUAUUCUAACGCUGACAAACGUUCAAGCUUCGGAUGCCGGAAAGUACGUCUGCUCGGCCAAACACGGCGGUCAAUCCGUGAACGUCGUCAUCACGCUGGUCGUCAACAACGUGAUCCCGUUCUUCCCACAAUCACCCCGCAGCUACAUGGAGUUCAAGUCCUUCGAUAAUGUGUACUCCAAGUUCUAUUUCGAGAUUUCCUUCAAACCGGAAAAGAUGAACGGUCUCAUAUUGUACGCUUCGCAGCGUCGCCCUAACCAGGACUACAUUGCACUGUCGCUGCGCAACGGAUACCCACAGUUCCGCUUCAACUUCGACGGCCAGCAGGUGGUGCUGCAGCCAGAGAAACCGGUGCACAUGGGUAAAUGGCACACGGUGAAGGUUAAUCGCGUACGCAACAAUGGUUUCCUGCUAGUGGACGAUCAAACGCCGGUCAACUUCCCGGAGAAGCUUAAGUUCUACGGACUCAACCUGGACGAUCAUCUGUUCAUUGGCGGUGUGCCACAGUUUGAUCAGGUACCGGCAUCAGCCCUGGAGUACAAGGAAGGCUUCGUCGGAUGCAUCAGCCGGCUGAAGUUGAACGAGAAGGAGGUGCAGCUGUACCAGGAUGCGCUGGAAACGGUCGGCAUAACAACGUGCGAACCGUGUGCAGAAGAUCCGUGCAAGAACUCCGGUACUUGUCUGGAAGCACAAACGGCCCAAGGUUACAGCUGUCUCUGCCGGGAUGGAUAUACGGGCAAGAACUGUCAGAAUGAGGGUGACGGAUGUAGCGAAGACACGUGCGGUGUCGGACGUUGCGAGGAAACGGACAGUGGAACGGAGUGCUACUGCCCAAUUCACAAGACUGGCGAUCGUUGCCAGUACACGGAGCACUACACGGACGCAACGCUAGCCUUCAAGGACGGUAGUUACGCAGCUUACGACAAAUUCCAAUUGAAGCGUAGCAUUCGCUUCCGCUUCAAGCCAGACUCGUUGGAGAAUGGUAUCAUGUUCUAUGCGGCGGAACACGAACAAUCGUACGGCGAUUUUAUGGCAGUGAUCCUUAAUAAUGGUUUCGUCGAGCUGCGCUACAGUGUGGCCGGAAAAACGAAACCACUCAUAGUACGUUCGGUUGUGCCGGUUGAGGCCGGUCAGUGGCAUACGGUUUCGGCAGGACGUAGCAAGGCUGGCAUCGGAUACCUGCAGGUCGAUGAUGAAGCUGUUAACAAUGAAAUGUCCAACCGCAACACACCAAUCGCGCUUAAAACGAAGGUGUAUGCCGGUGGUUACGACAAGCGGCUGCUGCUCAGUCAAGAAAUUGGAGUACGACGUGGCUUUGAGGGUUGCAUAGCGGAGCUCGAAACAUCCGGCAACAAGCUGAACAUGAUUGACGAUAUUCGAGACUCGGCGAACGUGUACCACUGUGGUCACGCAGGCGCACCCCAACCAGAUCCAUCGGACGACGAAAGCCCCGUCACCUGCAGACCCGGACGUGGUGGAUACGAUUGCGAAGUCAUCACCGACAUCUGUCUCGAUCAGCGUCCCUGCGAGAAUGGAGCGCUCUGUCAAACGCACCAUGGUGGCCAAAACUAUACUUGCACCUGUCUGGCAGGCUAUCUCGGGUUGCGAUGCGAGGUGCAGUACAACACGCUCGUUGCAUCCCGCUUCAGCGGAAAUGGUUUUAUCGAGAUCAAUCCGAAGGCGUUCAAGAACAGCGAAAACCAAGUCACCACCGAACUAGCGAUCAUGUUUAGCGCGUACGAACCGAACGGUUUGCUGAUCUGGUACGGACAGCGCAACGACGAGGAGUUCCUGGGCAAUGAUUAUAUUGCUCUCGCCGUACAGAAUGGCUUCGUCGAGCUAACGAUCCGAAUGGAUGGACAGGAAUCGAACGUACGCAACAGCGAUGUAUAUGUCGUCGAUAACGAACGGCACGUGGCACUGAUUCGCCGUGAGCGUAACCAGUUCCAUCUGCAGGUUGACUCGAUGACGGUGCACGGUGAGACGCGUCCGACCGGCAAGCAGACGAUGGAGAUCCCUGGCAGCAUCUAUGUCGGUGGUGUGCCGGACAUUGAACGUAUCACCGGAAACCGGUACAACGAGAGCUUCAACGGAUGUGUGUUCAGUGUGGAGAACAUUGAGGAGAGCAAGUCGAUCGAGCUGCGCGACUAUGCCAUCCGCACCGUAAACGUGGAUGUGUGCGAUGAACCCAAUCUAGGAACGGAACCGCCCGUAGUGUAAAACUCAUUUCUUCCCGCGAGCAGCAGAAGCAGCUUUCGAUUCGAUUCUUCCACGCAAGAAAAAAAAAAUAGGAAAAGAAAUGACCCUCAAACUGUUCACUCUUGGAUGUGGCGCCAAGUCACAAACUAAUCAACGAUGCUUUUUAUGGAGAACACAGACGGGCGAACAACAGUGAAACAGUGAAAUAACAUAUUAAACAAUGCAUACUACAAAAAAAAGAAGAAAGCUGUAUCGUAUACCUAAUAACGCAGAAAUGUGCACGAAGAACGGAAAACACGCGUACAGUAACGAACAACGAAUGUGCCAAAUAAUUGUAGUAUUUAUGUAAAAAAAAAAAAAAAACAAA